GCUUAGACGAUGAUGAUAGAUGAAAUGCACACCACUUCAAAUGAUCUCUCCCAUCAUGCAUCAUGUAGUGGGCAUGACCAUGUUAUAUAUUUACUACGUCUAUAUAUACGCCUUUGGCUUUGUUCUUGUUUUGUUUUCUUUUACUUGCUAUGCUUCUGGUACUGCUAUUAAAAGAUGGUGGUGCAUUACUGAAAAUGCCAGAGGAUGGGUCAAUGUGUAAGGUGGAAUGGACAGGACUCACAGCAUGCAUGCCACAAACGAGAGCGCUCUCAACUGGAUUGACUGAGCAAAAACAAGAAGUAACUAGAAAAGAG